AUCACACAAUUCACAAUCAAUCGCAGAGCCGAUUCUCUUCAAAACUUGUCUAGUCCUUUGUCCUUGUUGCAAACGAUGGCAGAAACGAAGAAGAUGAUCAUCCUCAAGAGCUCCGACGGUGAAUCCUUCGAGGUCGAGGAAGCCGUCGCGGUCGAGUCCCAGACGAUUAAGCACAUGAUCGAGGACGACUGCGUCGAUAACGGAAUUCCACUUCCCAAUGUCACCGGAGCCAUCCUCGCGAAGGUUAUCGAGUACUGCAAGAAACACGUUGAAGCCGCUGCUGAGGCUGGUGGAGACAAGGAUUUCUAUGGUUCCACCGAGAACCACGAGCUCAAGACUUGGGACAACGAUUUCGUCAAAGUUGAUCAUCCUACUCUCUUCGAUCUCCUUCGGGCUGCCAACUAUUUGAACAUCAGUGGACUUCUUGACCUUACGUGCAAGGCCGUGGCUGAUCAGAUGAGAGGCAAAACUCCAGCGCAGAUGCGUGAACACUUCAACAUCAAGAACGACUACACACCUGAGGAAGAGGCCGAGGUUCGCAAUGAGAACAGGUGGGCGUUCGAGUGAUUGGAAAAGAAUUUAAGAACAUUUGAUAUCAACAAAUAAAAUAAGAGAAAUUUAUUUUGCCUGAAUUUCUUUUUGCUUCCAAUCUCUUUUGUCACAAAACUCCCAGAAGUGUUUCACAUUUUCUUCAUUCAAUCCCGGCUAAACUUUAUAUACAUAAAAUCACAAAG